AUGAUAAUUCAAACGAAAUCCAUUAAGUUUGUGAUAGGUUUAUUGAUUAGUUUAUCUAUGCUUAUUAACUUUGUGAUAGGAUCAGUCGAACAGGCCAAUGGGAGUGAUGUAGAACGAAGCGUGUUCGAGAAUAGCUGGGCAGAUAAUGGAGAGUAUGUAGGACGAAGAAACUCCAAGAAGAAGGACAGGUUAGAGAAAUCACAACAGAAACAAGCCAAGCAAAAGCAGAGAGAGAUGGAAGAAAUGCGCAAAGAACAAGAAGAGGAGGCCAGGUUGGAGAAACAAAAGAAGAAGGAUAAACGAAGAAAGAUGCAAGACAACCAAAAGCGGUUAGCAAUAGGGCAAUAA